AUGUCUCAGAGUCUUCAGUCUCACUAUAAAUCCCCCAACCAUUGGCGCGAGGCGCAUGGAGAUAAGAAGGGUGGAACCCCACAGGACGGGGUGAAAACGGACAAGGGCAAGAUCUUGAAGGUUUCAUGGGAUGGGAGUGUUGAUUCAUACAAUGCAGCAAAGUUGGAGGAGCUCUUCCAGAAAUUUGGCAAAGUUGAAGACAUUGUUAUCAAGACAAGGAAAUCAAGGAGUAAGGGCUCAGCAGUUGUAGUAAUGGGCUCCAAAGAAACUGUACAUGGAGAAAUCCAUGACAAGUUUGGAGUGGUUAUCCAGAGAGCAAACCAAAUUCUAAAAAGUUACCAGGCAACUAGUUAUUAG